AUGCCACUCGCAGCGGCCUUAGCCCGCAUCUCCAAACUUCUAGUCCUCAGCUACAUAAUCGACUGGAUCUUCAUAAUGUGCGACCGCAUCCCUGUCCCCAGCACGCAGUACAAUCCCAAGCCAAAAAAACUAACAAUAACCAGCGGCACAGCACUAAUAGGCUACGGCUUCUCCAAGGUCGAACCAAACAAACACCCCUUCUCCCUAACCGAUGCCACCAUCGCCUAUCCCUACGAUGAAACCGAAACCGUCUCAACAGCCGCCCUUGUCCUAACGGGACUAAUGGCACCAGCAAUCAUAAUCCUCGCCAUCGCACUCAUCACGACACCGGCGCAAGCCGGCAACACUCGCACCUCAUAUAUGCAACUUUUCCAGUCCAAGAUUUGGGAAUGGAACGCGGGAUGGAUGGGCCUUGCAUCCUCGCUAGCCGGCGCGUGGAUGGCGACGGAGGGAUUGAAGGAAUUAGUCGGGAAGCCGAGACCCGAUCUCCUGGCACGGUGUAACCCCAACCUCAAUGCAAUUGAGGAGAAUAUGGUCGGUGGACUUGGUGUGGCAGGUGCACCGAUUAUCGUUGCCUGGACGAUUUGUCAGGAUCAGUCUGAUACAUUGCGGAUCGGUGGAUUUCAGUCGUUUCCGUCGGGUCAUGCUUCUUUCGCAUUCGCAGGUCUAGGCUACCUAACCCUCUGGCUAAGCGCAAAAUUCUCAAUUAGCUUCCCCUACCUGCCGUCCUACCCAGUCGAAGGAACAACACAACCGCACACGGACGAAUCCUCAGUCCGCUUCCGCGGCGCCGCGCCACCCGUCCUAAUGAUGCUGCUAGCCUUCGUACCAACGGCGACAGCAUCCUUCAUCGCCGUGUCGCGGUGGGCAGAUAAUCGACACCAUGGCUUCGACGUGCUCUUCGGUUCGGCAUUGGGGAUCGUCUUUGCGUAUAUUGGGUUCCGGAUGUAUCAUCUUCCUAUCCAGAGGGGGGCUGGUUGGGCGUGGGGGCCGCGGGCACCGAGGAGGGCAUUUAUACGGGGUGUUGGGGUUCCUACUUCGCUGGGUGUUGAUAGUUGGGCAUAUUCUUAUACAUCCGGUCCCGAGGAAACCCUGAGACAGGAGCGUGUGUUGGGUAAUGGAACUGGAUUUGAUGUUGAGGCGAAUGAUAGUGGGUAUGGAGGUCAGGAGGAGGUUAUUCCUAUGCGUGAGCAAGGUCAUGGGCAUGGCCAUACGCAAGCAUAG